AUGUCUGAUGCUGCCUCAGCCUGCAGUGAUGCUGUAUCAGCCUCUACGUCUGCUGCUCCAUCGGAUUCGGGUGCUGUCUCAGCUUCUGUCGCUGCCUCUGGUGCUGCAUCGGCCUCUACCCCUGUGUCGACUUCUGUUGCUGCCUCAGCCUCUGGUGCUGCAUCGGCAUCUACCCCUGCGUCGACUUCUGUUGCUGCCUCAACCUCUGGUGCUGCAUCGGCCUCUACCCCUGCGUCGACUUCUGUUGCUGCCUCAGCCUCUGGUGCUGCAUCGGCCUCUACCCCUGCGUCGACUUCUGUUGCUGCCUCAACCUCUGGUGCUGCAUCGACCUCUACCCCUGCGUCGACUUCUGUUGCUGCCUCAACCUCUGGUGCUGCAUCGGCCUCUACCCCUGCGUCGACUUCUGUUGCUGCCUCAGCCUCUUGUGCUGCAUCGGCCUCUACCCCUGCGUCGACUUCUGUUGCUGCCUCAACCUCUGGUGCUGCAUCGGCCUCUACCCCUGCGUCGACUUCUGUUGCUGCCUCAGCCUCUGGUACUGCAUCGGCCUCUAGUCCUGCGUCGACUUCUGUUGCUGCAUCAGCUUCUGGUGCUGCAUCGGCCUCUACCCCUGCGUCGACUUCUGUUGCUGCCUCAACCUCUUGUGCUGCAUCGGCCUCUACCCCUGCGUCGACUUCUGUUGCUGCCUCAACCUCUGGUGCUGCAUCGGCCUCUACCCCUGCGUCGACUUCUGUUGCUGCCUCAGCCUCUGGUACUGCAUCGGCCUCUAGUCCUGCGUCGACUUCUGUUGCUGCAUCAGCUUCUGGUGCUGCAUCGGCCUCUACCCCUGCGUCGACUUCUGUUGCUGCCUCAACCUCUGGUGCUGCAUCGGCCUCUGUUGCUGCCUCAGCUUCUGGUGCAAGAUCAGCCUCUACCUCCGAUGCUGCCUCAGUUUCUGAUGCUGUCGCAGCCGCUGGUGCUGCAACUGCCUCUGCCCCUGCAUCAAUUUCUGGUGCCGCCUCGGCCUCUGGUGCGGCAUCGCCAGCAGCAUCUACUGCAGCUGCGGGCACUGGUGCUGCCUCGACCCACUCAGCCCAAGGAGUUGCUUCAGCUUCUGCUGCCUCUCGAACUGCAUCUACUUGA